ACCACUACCAUGAUCUUCUGCUUUUUUUUUUCUCUCCACAUAAAUGCAACAUCCUCCAACUUCAAUUUCUUCCUAGUGAUCUCCACAUUCACCUUUGUUUUUGUUUUUUGGUUUUCUAACCAAAGGAAGAAAAUACAAGGGUUCUCCAUUGACACCAUCAGCGCUGAGGAAUAUAAACAUGUUUCAUGGUUUAAUAUUUACAUAAAGGUUCAUCUAGAGUGCUGGGAAGGUUUGGUACUUUUUGGGCGCCAGAUUUUGGGAUUGGGUAAACAGGAUAUAGCAUCAGGUCUCGAUGGCUGUGUGUGACUUCACUGCUUUCUUAACACUCCUGUGCAUCACUACUGAAGCUUACACAGUCUGAACUGUUGGGAAAGGACACCACAAUGUCCGAUACAAAUAAAUUAUUUCUGUUGAACUUCUCUGAGUUUUAUGAAGAGGAAUUAAACUACACGGACAUCCUGAACAGCACCUUCAUGGUGGAUGAGACGACCAUAGCAUGCAAGGCUUUCAGCCUACCACUCGUUUACAACAUUGCCGUGUGCAUUUUAUACGUGCACAUCUUCCUCCUUGCCGUCCCUGGCAACAUAACUGUUGGGCUGGUGAUCAUCUCCAACCUGCGUUUUCUUUCUCCAUCCGACAUCUACCUGUUCCACCUGGUGAUCGCCGACACACUGAUGGCCCUCACCCUCCCCUUCUCCUCCAUCGACAUCCUCACCGGAUGGAUAUUUGGUGGCGCCAUGUGCAAGCUGGUCAACUUAGUUAGAGAAGCCAACUUCUACACCAGCAUCCUCUUUUUGGUCUGCAUCAGUGUGGAUCGCUACAUGGUCAUUGUGCGAGCGAUGGAGGCCCGGAAGGUCCAAAGGAUCAUGUGUAGCUGGGUUGUAUGCAUCGUGGUCUGGAUUUUGGGUGUCCUACUUUCCCUCCCUGCCUUGUACAAUCAAGUCCAUUCCAUCGAUGACAGUGGCUUUCAGAUUUGUGCUGAACGUUUCGAAAUAGACAAAGCAGAUGAAUGGAGGCUAGCGACUCGUGUAAUGAAACACCUUCUUGGCUUUCUGAUACCUCUGUGUGUCAUGCUGACGUGCUACAGUGUGACGGUGGCCAGGCUGCUGCGUACGAGAGGUUUUCAGCGCCAGAGAGCCAUGAAAGUGAUUGCAGCUGUGAUGGCGGUGUUCUUAUUGUGUUGGACACCCUUCAACUUGGCCACCAUGGUCGAUACGCUUCUGAGAGCCAAUCUGGUGGAAAAUGGCUGCGCAGCUCAACAUGCAGUAAACUUGGCCAUGUUUAUCACACAGAGCCUAGCGCUGGUCCACUGCUGUGUCAACCCGGUGCUGUACGGCUUCGUGGGAGAGAAGUUCAGGAUGAGGUUCUUCCACAUGAUCAAGACAUGCUCGGCUCAAAAGCCGUUUGAGCGUGGCACGCCUUCGAGGUCCACCAGGUCCACCUCGCAGACUUCAGAGGGUGUGUCCCGCUUCCUCUGAGUAACAGCGCUUACAAAAUCACUGUCAACAUUUUUAAAAUAUGUAUCAGGAAAGGGAUGCCAAUGUAUGUGCAAUAGUGUAUAUAUAUAAUAGCAGUGCCUCGUGACCAUAGACUUUGGUGGAGCAGGACGACAUCAAUAAUAACAUAGCCUCAAACAAAGUGGAGAGGCUGUUGCACUUGACUUAUGCUAAAGGCUACUAUAAUUUUCAGAGUCACCACAUAAUGCACAGUUGAGAGUCGACAACAUAGCCAUACAACAAACAGUCUAGCAGCUUUGUUAUAAGAAGUUUUAUUGUCUUCACACCUUUUUGGUGCACAUGCAUUUCCGAUGUACAGACAUUAUCCACUCCAUAAUCCCGCUCACCCUCUCCCAAGCUUUACAACACAUUUUACAAUAGAAAUGGUUCUGAAUAUCGUAGACACAUUGUCUGCACUUACAUUGUGCCUUUGUUUGUAAAAAUGUAUUAGAGUUGAUUGUGAUUAUCUGCUAUAAAACAAAAUCUUGGUGAACAAGGAUGUUUAAGAUAGACCAAUCUGGCAACCAUGUCAUUAACUGUUCUGUCUUCUGCUCCACCUCCGAUCACGAGGCAGCGUGAUUCCUGACCCAAUGGGUCUGGGUUAGCAUUUGUUGCAGUUCCCAUUUUGACCACUAAUUGUUUGCAAUAAUAACUCUAUGGAGAUACAGUGUCCUCCAUUAAUAUUGGCACCCUUGGUAAAUAUGAGCGAAGAAUGGUGUGAAAAUCUCUUUAUUGUUUAACGUUUUAUUCUUUUGUUCAAAAGAUUCACAAAAAUACUCUGCUCUCAUGGAUAGCAAACAAUUGCAAACAAACCACAGGUUUAUUCCAAAAGAAACCCCACUAUUUGUUAAAUAUAGGUGUGCAACAAUUAUUGGCACCCUUUUAGUCAAUACUUUGCGCUAUGUCCCUUUGCGAAGAUAACAGCUCUGAGUCUCCUAUAACACCUGAUGAGGUUGGAGGAUACAUGGCGAGGGAUCUGAGAGCGUUCCUCCAUACAGAACCUCUCCAGAUCCUUCACAUUUCGAGGUCCACGCUGGUGGACUCUCCUCUUCAGUUCACCCCACAGGUUUUCUAUGGGGUUCAGGUCAGGGGACUGGGAUGGUCAUGGCAGGACCUUGAGUUUGUGGGCAGUAAACCAUUUUUGUGUUGAUUUUGAGGUAUGAGUCUUCUUUGCUCAUAUUUACCAAGGGUGCCAAUAUUAGCUGAGUGCUCUGCCCUGCGAUCGCACAACAUCUAGAAAGGUGAGCAAAAACAUCAGCUUAAAUCUGUAAAAUAACUUUUUAAAGAGUAUUGAUCACUCAAAGGAGAUCAUUAGUAUUGGAACAGAAUUUUAAACGUAUGGACUUUAUGAAGAUGAAAUUUUGUUGAAUGGCUGAUAUACACCGCUUACACACAGCUGAAAUAAACUUCAGUAGAGUUUAAUCCUAGAUUAUUAUUUGAUUGGUCUAAAAUAUUUAUAUAUUAACCUACAGAGAUGAUGCAUGAGGGUAAGAAAAACUUUCUUCAAUUGAUUUUUUUGUAUUUUAAAUUGUAAGCAUUUUAUGGAAGUAAAAAAAAAAAAAAAAGUCUGUUUUUUUCCCUUUCAUUUUAUCUCCUGUUUCAAUUUCUGGAGUCUACUACUGUAUAUCUAAACUGGCCUCGGUGUAUUUCUCAGACUCAGAUGAAUGGAAAAGGAGGGGGGAAGAUGACGACUAGUGUGUGAGGACAUACACUAAAUAAAAAGUGAUGCACUCAGGUGGAUUUUAGAAGCGGUGAUGGCACAGAUUUAUUUUGUGGCACCAUCUACCGACAACCAAUCUCGUCCUAUGGAAAACAUUGCCCCAAAAUACCUUCUUUGGUUUUUGACUGUUCUACUGAAAAUGAUUAAAAGAACAUGUGGAAAUUACAGCGUAGAAACAACAUCAGAUCUAGCCUUUUCUCCUACAGUAAACCUCCUGUACUUCAUCAAUAUCCCUAAACUCAGAAUGUAGCAAGCUGGCUAGUAGCUUUAAAAAAAAAAAAAACCCCACAUGAUCCUAAUAGGAUCAUUUGGUUUAUUUGAUGUCUGAGGCACUUAAGUAUGAUAUAGCAACAAUAAUGACUACAACUUUUUUUUAUUUUUAUGAACAUCAUUAUAGCUCAAAUAUGGUACAACCAUGUUAUUAUAGUAAACAAUACCAGUUUACAGGUACACUGUUGUUGUUAAUUGUGCUUGAAACGUAGUUAGUCAUGUUAUGUUAUGUUACAUAUUAUGUUAUGUUACACCACAUAAAAAAGACAUUGUGAAUAAGCUAACAAUAAAUUCAAACGUAUGCAUGAAUGCAGGUUUGAGCACUCAGGUUUGCAGUGUUAACAUAGACAUACUGUAGUGUUGCCUAACCCUACGCCUAGUGGGUUACUGGCUUUUGUAUUAUUAUUAUUUCCCUCCAGUUUAGAUGCUUUUAGUCAUCAUUUAUAGAUCUUACUGUGACUGAUUAUUUUCUCUUACAGUACAAUGUCAAGUGGUACACAUGAGAUGUAUUAUUAUAUUAUCGCUCUAGUCCUGUUUAAGAAUAACAUGUGAAAGGUGGAGAUGUUAGCCACACUACUUUGUCGACCCACCGAACAAGUUCACAUCUGUUCAGAAAACAAAACCUUAGCAGAAAGCGAAGACAACUUCAGCUUUGGUCCAAAAUAAAAUAUCUUUAUGAUAAUGCUACUGAAACUGGUUAAAAUAACAUGUUAGGAAUGGAGGAAAUGACAUCUUAGCUUAAUAAAAGCAGAGCUAUCCUUAUUUUUCUUUAUUAUUCUUCACCGGCUGUGAUAUCCCUCAGGAGGACGAAGUCGGCUUCUCAUUCACAGCUUCUCGUUGGAGUUCCACUUGAAAUGAUUGCAGAUGCAACAUUGAGCCUGUAGAGGACGCUCAUUAUUCACUUCAGAACCAUGUGCUGUAUUUAAACCAGCACUGAAACAGCCAGUUCUAGCACUUGCACAAACUGAUUUGUCUUUGUUGUUGGUACGAAAUUGAUUUUUUUAAACCCUUUGCCAUAUUAUAUUGCCCAAGAUGUCUAAUUUCUCUGUAUGAACUGUUUAACGUGUUAAAACGUCUUGGGCCGCCAGCGUCUCAGCACAUCCUGAAAUAAAUGGGCUUUGUACAGUAGAAGAAUCUGGAUCCAGCUUGGCACAAAGUCUUCUUCGCCCUUAAAAUUGGCCAUGUUGACCAUGUUUUCAGAGAACUUUUGAAGGAGUUAAAACCUUUUGGGCUACUAAAAACAUAUCCUUAAAUAGAUGAAUGUGGAUCCAGCCUGACUCAAACGCUUCUGUAUGCUUAAAGGAUCAUAUUCUUUUGUGUAAAAUGUCUACUUUCCCUGUAUGAGUCAGCGUUCUGAGCACUGAUUAAAAGGUUAAACGUCUCGAGCCGCCAAAAUCACAACACAUUUCGAGAGAAGUGGACUUCCUAAAACAGAACAAUUUGGAACCAGACUUCUUCACUCUCAAACAUAUCCUAAUGUAUUUCAUAAAAAUGGCAAAUUUUCAAUAAAGAAAAAAAGAUGCUGCGGUAUAUAUUUUAUGGUGGCUUAGUGAUUAGCACGCUUGCCUCGUACGUCCAGGGCUCCCCGCGACUCUGUGUAGGAUAAAAAUAUGAAUAUGAAUGGAUGGAUGGAUGUACUUCACUAAUUACAGGUUUGAAUUAA